ACACUAAAACGGUAAAACAAUAGGCACGUUUUCAAGAGCUUAAAACCCUAAUUUCCGUCCCCGUCGUCGUCCUCCACCGAUGGAAACCACGGCGCCGCUGCCGGAGUCUACCACCACUAUCCCAGAGUCCACCUCCACCAUCCCUAUACCCACAGAAGGUGAUGCACCUCCUGACCCAGUCGCUUCUCACGCCGAUCCCAAAUCCAGUUCCGAACCGAUGGAAACCAACGAUUCCACCACCGGCGCCGAACCAUUGGAAACCAACGAUUCCGGAAACAAUCCGGGCCCCGAACCCCCGGCCCAGCCCGAACCCCAGCCCCGCAAGCGACGCCGUCGUCGCAAGAAGAUCUUCACUGACAUGAUUUCCUCGACGGCUUCACGCCUGCGCGUUCUCCGCCCCCAUACGAAGCCUUCCGCCGCCUCCGCCUCCGCUGCCGACGAAGACGACGAUGCCGAUGCUUUGACCGGCUACCUCCGCAAGCGGAGGGGUCCUUCCGAUCUCUCUAAGGAGGUCGACAUCGAAGCCCUAAUUGCGAUCUCCGUAGGGUUUCCCGUCGAUACGCUGACGGAGGAAGAAAUUGAGGCAAACGUCGUUCCUCAAAUCGGCGGCUCGGAGCAGGCCAACUACAUCAUCGUGCGCAACCACAUUCUCGCCCGCUGGCGCUCGAACGUCGCCGUUUGGCUCACCAGGGACCAGGUGCUGGAGUCCAUACGCGCCGAGCACAAAAACCUCGUGAAUUCCGCCUACAACUUCCUCCUCCACUACGGAUACAUCAAUUUCGGCAUCGCCUCUGCGAUCAGGGAUGUAAAGAACAAGUCUUCGGACGAAUUGCAGCUGGGAAGCGUGAUCGUGAUUGGCGCGGGCCUAUCCGGUUUGGUCGCCGCUAGGCAGCUGAUUUUCCUAGGCUUCAAGGUUGUCGUUCUUGAGGGCAGGGCCCGGCCCGGGGGUAGAGUUCGGACGAAGAGAAUGAGCGGAAGUGACGAAAGUGUUGUUGGCGCUGCGGAUUUAGGUGGGAGCGUGUUAACCGGAAUCAAUGGGAAUCCAUUGGGUGUUUUGGCGCGCCAGCUUGGAUUGCCACUUCAUAAGGUGAGGGAUAUAUGCCCCUUGUACUUACCUAAUGGAAGGAUGGUUAAUUCUGAUGUUGAUUCGAAAGUGGAGAGCUCAUUUAAUAAGUUGCUGGAUAGGGUUUGCAAGCUUAGGCAGGGGAUCAUGGAGGAAAUUAGGAGCGUGGAUAUUUCGUUGGGGACGGCAUUGGAGGCGUUUAGGCAUGUGUAUAAUGUAGCUGAGGAGCCAUUGGAGAGGAUGUUAUUGGAUUGGCAUUUGGCGAAUCUUGAGUAUGCCAAUGCCACUCUGUUGUCGAAUUUGUCAAUGGCUUUCUGGGAUCAGGAUGAUCCCUAUGAAAUGGGUGGGGAUCAUUGUUUCAUACCUGGGGGGAAUGGGAGGCUUGUUAGAGCUUUGGCUGAGGACCUUCCGAUCUUUUAUGAACGGCCAGUUACUUCUGUGAGAUACGGCAGUGAUGGGGUUAUGGUAUAUGCCGGAGGGCAAGAGUAUCAAGGUGACAUGGUGCUUUGCACAGUCCCGCUAGGAGUGCUUAAGAGAGGGACAAUUGAUUUUGAGCCGGAGCUUCCUCAACGAAAAAUGGAUGCAAUUGAUAGAUUAGGUUUUGGGUUGUUGAACAAAGUUGCCAUUUUGUUCCCGUAUGAUUUUUGGGGUGGAGAGAUUGAUACCUUUGGGCAUUUGACCGAGGAUCCUAGUAUGAGAGGCGAAUACUUUCUUUUUUAUAGUUAUUGUGCUGUGGCCGGUGGGCCACUCCUUAUUGCUCUUGUGGCCGGAGAAGCUGCUGUUAAGUUUGAAAAGAGUUCCGCGGUUGAAUCUGUGAACAAAGUGUUGGAUAUAUUGAAGAGCAUUUUCAGCCCUAAAGGGAUUGCAGUUCCGGAUCCAAUUCAGGCAGUUUGUACUCGUUGGGGCCAGGACCAGUUUUCGUACGGAUCUUAUUCCUAUGUUGCAGUUGGUGCUUCAGGGGAUGACUACGAUAUCCUUGCAGAAAGCGUUGCAGAUAGAGUUUUCUUUGCUGGAGAAGCGACUAACAAGCAGUAUCCAGCCACAAUGCACGGAGCUUUUCUCAGCGGGAUGAGGGAGGCAGCACAUAUAAUGAGGGUGACGAGGAGAAGAUUAGUCCCUCCAGCUCCAGGAGCUAGAGUGAAUACCACGAAUCACGAAAGCAACAGUGUUGAUCCACUGUUUGAGACCCCUGACCUUGCAUUUGGCUGCUUUGCUGUUGUGAUCGAUCCACAGUCAACAGAUAUGGAAUCUGAUGCUUUGUUACGAGUUGCAGUGAGGAGUGGUAAUUCAGAUUCGGAUUAUAUCCAUCUAUAUGGGCUGCUCCAGAGGAAGCAGGCUGUCGAGCUGAAUGGCUUGGAAGACGAUGUAAAGAGGAUGGAGAUGUUGGCUCACGGAUUCAGGACGAGGUUGGUCGGAAUAAGCAGCUUGUGCAACGCUGCUGAGUCUCUUAUCAGGAGAAUAAAGGCAGUGAAAUCUACUCCUAAUUAGACUGUAUAAUUGAUUCUUGAUGUUUUAGGAAGUUGUACCAUUCUUCAACUCUUUGGGCGUAUACUUUUUCUAGUUUUAGAAGCAACUGUAGUGUUGAAGAGAUUGCUCCUAGGGAGCUCAAGUUUAAAAAAAAAUCUACUGUAUAACAUCUACAAAUUGUGGAAUGAAAUGAUUUGUUCUGUGUAUCAA